AUGAGGGCAAUAAUAUUUGUUGCGUUAUUUGUGAGUGUAUGCGCCAAGGAUUUUAAAUUUGGAAUCAUCUAUAAUAACUACUUAAUAUCAUUACAGAAAGUUGAAGCUGAGGGAAUACUGCUGACAAAAGUAGAAAAAGAUUAUAUUUAUAUUGAUCCCAAAGAUAGUAUUAUUGAGGGUGUAGUGGCCUAUGAUCUGUGGCAUACAGAGGCUGAAGUCAAUGUGACAGCUGGAGGCGUCGGUGAAUCUCACGUGACUCUGCAUCUCCAGAGCGAGAUAGGAAUAGGACUCAAUUAUGCUAUCCUUGUUUUUAUUGAAUAA